AUGGAUUAUUAUGGCAUUCCUCGAGGAUUCAUAAGAUCCGAAGCUUAUAAAAAACUAGCCAAAUUAUCAGUUGAGAAUACUCCCAGUAAUUUAAAAGAAAUCAAUUCCAAUAAUGAAGAUAGCUUUAGUAGACUUAUGAAUAAGAUAGGAAAUCAAAACUUAUCAAAAGUUGAAAUGUCUCUUGAAGAAUUUGAAGUUUUGGUUGCUUUAUGUGAAUCGACUAAUGGUGAAAUGAAAUUUCCCAAGCAGGCAAGUUUGUUAUUAGAUAAAAUAGGUUUAUAUUUGAUAGAAUUACCAUAUCAAAGAUUUAAAUAUGAAGUACUUAAGAGACAUGUUAAACCAACUCCAUGGUUUAUUUUGGGGGAAAAAUUAACAAUGGCUGCUAUAAACUUAAGUUUCAAGUUCGAUAAUCAAUUCUUGGAUCAAGUGAUUGAAUUAUUCCAACAGUUCAAUUCUAGUUUCUUCAAUAAUAAAAAUUUAGAACAUUCCAAUUAUUUUGCUGUUUUGGGUUAUAUUGAAAGUUUAACUCAAAACUCCAAGAUUUUAGUUCAAUCAUCAGCUUCAUUUAAAAUCUUCAAUACUUUAGAUGCUUGCAUUGAUAAUUUCGAAUUCCUUAAUGAUCUUGAAAUUUAUCUGAAUAACAUUUAUCGUUCAAACAACACAGAAUUGGCUCAUUUGAUUGAAGCUACGGAUGAUAUUGUUGAAUUAUCACCAAUCUAUUUCAUUGAAUCCUUGAGUAAGUUAAUGUGUUCUAUCAUCAAUGCUAUUUUGAAUAACGAGAGUUUACCAUUAUUAGAAUUUUUAUUAGAGAAAGUUUCCAAGAAAGUUGAUGAAGAUUCACCGAUCGAUUUAGAAGUUAGAGAACACCAUAUGUCGAUUAUUAAGAAUUUGACCAAUUUAGCGUUACAAAAAAUGGAAUUUUUGGAUAGAGGUGAAUCCUUUAUUGUUUAUUCAACCUUCAACAGAUUGAAAAUCGGUUACUUGGCUAAAUCUUAUAAUUUGCAAGUGAUUGGAUGUGGUAUGUUCACUGAUAAUAUGGAUUUAGCCAUCUGUAGAAAGUUAUUUAAAAAUUGUUUAUCCAUUUAUGAUGUUAUGUUAGAUUCUGAUUUGGGUGGUUCCGUUAUUCAAUUGGGUUCUUUAUUGGUUUUCAAAGAUGAAACCAUUGGUUCAUCCCUUACUAGAGCUUUCACUGCGUUAGUUGCUAAUCCGAAGUUUGGCAAAUUGUAUUGUGAUUUAGCAUCUAAAAGUGUUGGUUCUUCAUCCAAAGUUUUAUCACAAGAUGCCGUUGUUACUACAAUUUAUGCAUUAACAAAUUUGUUGUUUGUGAACAAUGACUCUAGAGGCUCAAUAAGAAGGAACACUCUUUCUAGACCUGAUAACUUGUCUAUGAAGGAUUUGUCCUUGAAUGGGAAUUCUAAAGCUGUUUCAAGAAAAAAUUCUAUUUCUUCCAUCAAUGCAUCCCAUUUGAAUGGGGUUAAAUCAAUGACUUUUGAAGACACUGAAUAUUUACAUGUAUGCGAGAAUGCUAUCAAUGCCAUCGUCCAUAUUGUAGAAAGAUGUAAUGAUGAAAGUGUUAGCACAUUGGCUGUAACUAUUUUAUCCCAAAAAACUACCAGAUUGGAUUCCUCCAUCGGUUCAUUAUUAUUGAAGGGAUUAAUCUCGUGUGCUCCUUGUUUGCCUGAAAGAGAAUUUUUGAUCUUAAAUAAGUUGAUCAAUAAAUUAUCGUUAGACGCUUUUAAUUCUGGCAACGUUGAAUUGUUGAAUAACCUUAUUGAAGCUAGAGUUGAAUUAUCCCACAAGAUCAAACAAGAACAUCCAUUGUUCACUGUUUACUUACAAGAGAUUUUAGCUGGAAUCGUUGGAAGAGGAGAUGUCCAAGUUUUAGAACACCAUAGAUCUCAUAAUGAAAUAAGUGAAAUUGGUGAUCAAAUUUCCAUCUACUUGAAACCUUUAGCUGAAUUAUUGCCUAACGUCUACGCUGACGAACCUCCUUUACAAAUCACGGAUACCAAAACAAUCAAUUUAUUCAGAAAUAUUUGGUUCAAUAUGGUUGUUCAUGGUUAUUCAAAUAACUCCAAGAAUGUCAAACAGUACAGUCAGGAAUUGGAAAGAGUCGCUCAUAGUUCUCCUCCUUUAGCUUCAGAAUUAUCUUGGGAUAGAACUGAAACAUCCUUAGAAUUGAAUACCGUCUUAAGAAGAGGUUCAUCAAAUCACAAUGUUAAAGAUCACAAAAAUAUCUUGAACGAAAUUUUUGAAGUCCCAAGAACUUUGUCUUACCCUAAAUUGAUGUUUUUAUCAGCUACUUUCUUAGUUGAAACUUUUAGAGUCAGAACUGGUGAUUGUUCAAAAGUUUUGUAUUAUUACUCAGAUCCAUCUAUUAAAAUUAGUGGUGUUGAUAGGUAUAUUGGAUAUAUUUCUUUCAAAAUUGUCAGGGAAUACAUCAAAUAUAUUGAUUUGGGAGCCAAUAAGAACUUCAGCAGUGAUAAUAUAGCCGAACAAUUGACCAACUUAUUGGUUUUAUGUUGUCAUAGAUUAGAAGAUUUACAAGAUUCUGCUAUUCAAUGUUGUGAUUUGUUGAUUAACAAAUCACCAUCAGCAUUAUGCCACCAAAAAUCGUUAUUUGCUAUUUUUGAUUUAUUAACCUUGUUAUUCGAUAGUGUCAUUGAUGCUGACGAAAAUCAAUACGAACCUACCACAUCUUAUAGGGCAAAAAGAACCGGUAUUCAUUUAUUGUUAUCAGAUAAUUAUAAAUGGAGAAAUGACACUUUUAAGAGAUUUAAUGAAAAAUCCAGACAUUGGAUUAAAUUGGUAUUGAUCAAGAGUAAUGUUGACGUCAAAAGUUUAAUCCAGAUGUAUAUUUCUGAUUUAGAUAAAUUCCAAUCCAGUAGUGAAGUUCAAUAUGGUGUUUCCUUCGCUUUAGAAAUGGCAGGAUCCAUCUUACCUAAUGAAAGAGAAUUGAGUAACAUUUCAAGAUUCCAAUCGAAGAAUUUGAAUUCUUUACCAAGUUUUGUUAGUCAAUUAACUUGGAGAUCCAAUUUCAUCAGUGAAUUAUUGAACAAAGUUCCUUUACAUACAAGUGAAGACACUGAUCGUGCAUUCAAUGAUAUCAGAUCUAAAGUUAUCGAUUUGAACUAUAAAUUAGAAGAUAAAUCAGUCCAUGUUUCGAAACAAGAAAUUGUUGAUUUAUUAAGUGAUAUUGCUGGUUUAACUUUGAUUUGUGAAGACAAUGUUGGAGAAAUGGUAAGAUAUCUAGUAGAAAUUCCAUUCAAAGUCCUUGAAUCUAAUGUUAUGCAUGCUUCAAUUGGUAUUUGGUUUGCAGUUAUGAAAGAUCGUUCCAAUAUUUCUGGCUUGUUGUUAUCAGAAAUUUGUAAAAGAUGGGAAAUCAGUAUCGCUUUGAGACAAGGUUUGUUUUCUAAAGUUAAUGAUUUAAUCGGAGCAGAAUUCGAUAAAAUGGAAUAUUCUCCAAGUGACUAUAAGCAUAGGCAUAAAGUUAGUCAAGUGGUUGUUAAGAACUUUGAACCUCAUUUACAGAUAAUCAAAUUAUUUUCAUCAAGUUUUGAAUCUACUUUGAAUCAAAGUGAUCAUUUAUUGAAACUUUUCACUAGAUUCAUUGAAGUCAGUUUGAAGAAUUUGGAUAUUGCAAGUUUACAUCCAUAUGCCAGAUACACCAGAUUUGAAUUAAUCAAGUUUGCUUUUGAUAUUGUGAAUUAUCAUAGUUCAUUGGGAACUAGAAGUGAAUUGUAUUUAACUGAACUCAUCUUAGAUGCAAGUUUGAGUUGGUUCAAACAAACAGCUAAAUAUCCAUUUGGAUCGAAUUUGUUGAAAAUAAAGAGUGAUUUGGGAUUAUUGAAGGAUGUUGCCAAAUUAAUGUCUUCCAUCAAUACUCAUAGACAUGAAAGCUUAGAAAGUAAGAAAAUCAUUAUUAUGUUUUUCCUUGAUGAUGAAAUCAGUAGAAUUAGUAUUUGGUUGAAUCCAUCGAACCCUGUUGAUGUCAGAGGUUCUUUCAUUUCCAAUAAAAUUGAUGGUCAUCACAUUAUUAAAGCUUAUAAAGUGGAUCCAACUUUAGCUGUUAACUUGGCUUUAAGAUACAAAGUUAAGAAUUUAGACGAAAUCCUUCAAAAAUUAUUAACUGAUGAUCCAUUACCUGCUAUUGGAAAUCCAAGUGCUGUUCAAUAUUUGAUUGGUAUUAAUGCUGGAACUAACUUCCCCACCCAUCAUUUGUUAUUCUGGGAAGCUUUAUCACCAAUUGAUGCUAUUCAAUUAUUUUUACCACCAUUUGGAAGUAAUCCUUACAUUUUACAAUAUACCAUGAGAUCAUUAGAACAUCAUGAUGUUAAUUUAACAUUCUUCUAUGUACCACAAAUCGUUCAAAGUUUAAGAUUCGAUGCCAAAGGAUAUGUUGAAAGAUUCAUCAUUGAAACAGCUCGUGUGUCACAAUUAUUUGCUCAUCAAAUCAUUUGGAAUAUGUUAGCUAAUAGUUAUAAAGAUGAUGAUGGUAAUGAACCUGAUGCAUUGAAACCAACUCUUGAUAGAGUGCAAAAUAAAAUGCUUAAAAGUUAUAGUGAAGAAGAUUUACAAUUCUAUGAAAAAGAAUUUGGAUUCUUCAAUGAAGUUACUAAUAUUUCAGGUAAAUUAAAACCAUACAUUAAAAAAUCCAAGGCUGAAAAGAAAAUUAAGAUUGAUGAAGAAAUGAGUAAAAUUGAAGUAUUACCAGGAGUCUAUUUACCAAGUAAUCCUGAUGGAGUUGUUAUUGAUAUCAAUAGAAAGUCCGGUAAACCAUUACAAAGUCAUGCUAAAGCUCCAUUCAUGGCAACAUUUAAAAUCAAGAAAGAAAUUGAAGAUAUUGAUGAAUAUGGUGAAAAGAUUUAUUUACCAAUUGAAAGAUGGCAAAGUGCUAUUUUCAAAGUUGGAGAUGAUUGUAGACAAGAUGUUUUAGCAUUACAAUUGAUCUCAGUCUUUAGAAGUAUUUGGACUAAUGCUGGGUUAGAUUUAUUUGUUUAUCCUUAUAGAGUAACAGCUACAGCUCCAGGAUGUGGUGUGAUUGAUGUUUUACCAAAUUCUACUUCUAGAGAUAUGUUAGGUAGAGAAGCAGUUAAUGGCUUGUAUGAAUAUUUUACCACCAAAUUUGGACCUGAAAAUUCAAUUGAAUUUCAACAAGCCAGAAAUAAUUUGAUCAGAUCAUUGGCAGCAUAUUCUAUUAUUUCAUAUAUUUUACAAUUCAAAGAUCGUCAUAAUGGUAAUAUUAUGUAUGAUGACCAAGGUCAUGUGAUCCAUAUUGAUUUUGGAUUCUGUUUUGAUAUUGUUCCUGGAGGAGUUAAAUUUGAAGUUGCACCAUUCAAAUUAACUCAUGAAAUGGUUAUGGUAUUAGGAGGAUCUAAUGAAACUCAAGCAUUCCAAUGGUUUGAAGAAUUAUGUGUCAAAGGAUUCUUAGCUUGUAGACCAUAUAUGGAAACCAUUGUUAGAUGUGUUAAUCCAAUGUUAGAAAGCGGAUUACCUUGUUUCAAAGAUACUACUGUCAAGAAAUUAAGACAAAGAUUCGUUCCUAAUAAACCAGAAAAGGAUGCUGUACUUCAUAUGAGAGGUCUUAUUAAAAAGGCUAUGGAAAGUUAUUAUACUAAAGGUUAUGAUGAAUUCCAAAGAUUAACCAAUGGAAUUCCUUAUUAG